UGGGGGGUGUCAGCAUGGCUUCACAAUGGGGUCUCACGAGGAGUUUCGCCGCCGACCUUCUCAAGAUGGCAGCGCCCUUCCCGUGAUGGCGGCUCUCCAGGGCCGGUCACGUGCCGCAGGGCGGGCGGGGAAUCCCGCCACGUGCCGAGCGCGCUCACGUGACCAGGAGUGGGCGGUGCUGCGGGGCGAGGCCACGCCCCCGGGUCCCGGUGCUCCCGGCGUGGGACAGCGCCCCGGGCCCGGCACUCGUCGGGCGCUGCGGCGGCGCCCGGCCGGCCGGCCUCGUGGGGCUUGUUCCUCACAGCGUCCGCUCAGAGUGCCGGGCAGGGCAGGGGAGGGAGCUCACCCUCCGCCUGCCCCGGGGGCGGUGCUCCGGUACCUCCGCCCCUCACCGGCUGUCCAGUCCCGCGGCAGCCGCUCGCACCGGAGCCGCGGCCUGGCCUUGCUUCGCCACGCCCGGUCCCUUCCCCCUGCGCCGGCCGCCAGGGGGUUCGCGCUUUCCGCCGGCUCCCGCUGCCCCGCGAUGCCGUCCAACAAAUCCGUCUCGGACGCGCCCAUCGUCCAGUUCACCAACUGCCGCAUCCUGAGGGACCACCAGCUCCAGAGGGAGGACCUGUGGGUGCGAGAGGGGAAGAUCCUCAACCCAGAGAAACUCUUCUUUGAUGAAAAGGGCUCUGCUGAUGUCCAGCUGGACUGCAAGGACAGCAUCAUCGCCCCAGGUUUCAUCGAUGUCCAGAUCAAUGGAGGCUUCGGGGUGGACUUCUCUCUGGCUACAGAUGACUUCAAAUCAGGUAUUGACCUGGUCAGUCAGAAAAUCCUGUCCCAUGGAGUGACCUCUUUCUGUCCCACCCUGGUGACCUCUCCUCCAUCUGUGUACCACCAGGUUCUCCCUCAGAUCAGUGUAAGAAAUGGUGGAGCCCAUGGAGCAGGAAUCCUGGGAGCCCACCUGGAAGGGCCGUUCAUCAGCAAGGAGAAAAAGGGUGCCCACCCAGAGCACUGCCUCCGCACCUUUGAGGCAGGUGCUUUCCAGGACCUGCUUGCCACCUAUGGCUCCCUGGACUGUGUCCAGAUAGUGACCCUGGCCCCUGAAAUGAGGAGGAGCAGUGAGGUGAUCCGGGAGCUCACCAAGCGGGGCAUCUGCGUCUCCCUGGGUCACUCAGUGGCUAAUCUGUCCCAGGCCGAGGAGGCUGUGCAGCACGGAGCAACCUUCAUCACUCACCUCUUCAAUGCCAUGCUGCCGUUCCAUCACCGUGACCCUGGCAUUGUGGGGCUGCUAACAAGCGACAAGAUUCCUGCUGGGCGGAGGGUCUUCUAUGGCAUGAUUUCUGAUGGCAUCCACACCAACCCCGCUGCCCUGCGCAUUGCCCACCGAGCCCACCCCAAAGGGCUGGUGUUGGUGACAGAUGCAAUUGCUGGCAUGGGGCUGGCACCGGGUCGGCACACACUGGGUCAGCAGGUUGUGGAGAUCGAUGGGCUGAACACCUACAUCGCAGGCACAAAGACCCUGAGUGGCAGCGUGGCGACCAUGGACACUUGCGUGCGACACUUCCAAGAAGCCACAGGGUGCUCGGUAGAGACCGCGUUGGAGGCGGCGUCUCUGCAUCCCGCUCAGCUCCUGGGGAUUGAACAUAAAAAGGGGACACUCCAUUACGACUCCGAUGCAGAUUUCCUAAUGCUGAAUGACAGCCUGUAUGUGCAAGCCACGUACAUUGCCGGCGAGGAAGUCUGGCGACAGGAUGUGUCGGGCAUGUGACACUGGGCUGUCCCAGUGCCCUCCAAGGCUCACUGGCACUGUGGUUAGCAGCUCUGGCAACCACCCCACUUCUCUCUUUUGUUUUUUUUUCCCCCAAUUCCUUCCUGCAAUCUCUCAAAGGAACCUCAUACCAAAGAGCUGCAUUUUCCAGCUUCCAGUUACAGCCAUGCCUGCUAGGAAUUUGUUGGUGCUCAGUUGGUGGUAUGGGGAAAGAAGGCAGCUCUGUGCUGGCAAGGAAUGCUAGUCCUGGAGUGACCUACAGGACUGCACAGCUGUUCUGCCCCCAGACAGGUGCUCCUGUCACCAUCUGACAGCAGUGAGGAGUUGUCCCAGCCUUUGCACAGUUUAUACUAACUGUGCACACACUAACCUGCUCUGCACCUGAGGCAGGCUCAAGCCAUUCCAAUUCUUCUGCCUGCUGUUUGCUUCCCUCCCAGGCAGCCAUGACUUGUUAGACAUCAGCUUCCACCAGCUCAGCUCGCAGCUCUUCCAGUGACAAGGUUUCUGUUGUGUAAGCAGAAGCUGAGCAUCAUAUUCGGAUCUCCUGACAGCUCUUCUGUCGUGUGUCCUCAGAGCAAGGCUGCCAUGGCUCAUUUACUCGGUGUCCUUGUGGGGCUGAAUCCUCAGGGCAGAGAUCAAACCCAGGAAUACCAAGGCAUUGCUGAUCCUUUGUGCCUUUUUCCUGCAUGGGCAUUGAGUCCACAGAGCCAGAGAUACGAACAGCAUCCUACCACAUAAAACAAUGUUCCUUUCACUCCUUGCUCUGUCUGAAUGGGUUCUGCAGGCUCUGUGCCAGCCAUACCAAGAAGAGCCAUUGCAUCGCCUGAUGGGUUUGUGCAUUCCUCAGGCUAUGGAUGGGAAACUUUGCUUUAGGGGUUGCAUCCAGACUGGUGGUGACAGGCUCAACAAGCCUUCAGUCCAGCUCAGGCACUGAGGGAGAGGAAAACUGCGGUGGAUUCUGGCCUUUCAAGAGAGAUACAAUAGCUCAUUAUUUUGUGCUCAUUAUCUUCUCCAAUACUUGACUGUCAGAUUUUUUCCUGAUGCUGGGACACUUUUAUAUGAAGGCUGAGGCUGAUUUCAACCCUACUCAACCACUCAGAAUAAGCCUCAAGAUAAAGUCUCAAGACAAACUUGGAUAAGGCUCAAACCACUGAGGUGGUUUUUGUAAUGAGGAGAGGGCUCAGACAAUGGCUAAGUCUCAGUGAGGGUGGAGAUUGUAAGACAGACAGAAGUCUGGUUAGGAUUGGCAGAAGCGUACCGAUUUUUCCAGUACUAUUUUAUAAUCUUUAGCAGCAACAUUUGGAAGUGCUUCCCCAGCACUUUAGAGCCCUUCUGUCAGCCUUGGAGAAUUUCUAAUAUCAACUGCCAAUGUGAAGAGAAAUUAUAACCUCCAUGGUUUGAAGCAUUUGAGAGACACCAGACCCUAUGCAGUGACACGCUGUGCUGCUGCAGUUCUGACCUCACGGGGAUCUUCUGGCUGUUGUUGGAAACAAUCCAAUAAGGAAAAAUGUCUAUGAAACAAGGUGUUUAACUUUUUAUUUACAUAAUUAAAUAAUCAAAAGGAAAUCUAAA